CGGGAGCCAGAUUUGGGACCAACCAACCCGGACCUUGCUUUCUUGGCCUUGACAAUCCAAUCCUUUUGCUCGGCCAGAGCUCCCGCAAAACCUCCAUCCCGACAACCCUCCAUCUCCACCACAGCCGCCCGGCCCCGACCCUGCGCACCGCGACGACGCCCACUGCAGCCUCCUCGCAUGCUGCUGCAUCGGCCCACGAUCCCUUUCAAUUGAUUCCCCUUCAGACCGAUAUCGCAAGCGACAAGACCCAUCGCCAGCCAGCCAUUCCUUCCUCCGCAUCCGCCAUGUCCGCGUCGUCCCUCAAGGCCAUGGCCUCGCGCUGGCCCAGCUCCGCCCACAGCUUUGCCCGCUGCUGUCCCAGAGCCGCUCCCACGUCGACCUCGACCACGACGACCAAGAAGGCUUCUUCCUUCUCCACCACCACCGCCGCUGCGGCGCGCCCCGUCUGCCUCGCGCAGACGGCCCUGCGGCCCCAGCAGUACACCGCUGUGGUGGUGGCUCGCUCUGCACAAGGCGGCGUGGCCACACGCGCCCGCCCGUCCAGCAUCGUGUCGUCCGCCGCCCGGUGCUUUUCGUCUUCGUCUCGCACGUACGCAGCGGCGGCCUCCGCUUCUUCCUCUUCCUCCUCCUCCGGCGCCUCCUCCUCAUCCGCGAAUCCCUCCAAGCUCGACUGGAACUCCUUCUUCAAGCUGCGCCUCCGCCGCCGCCGCAUCCAGCUCAUCUUCUCCGUCGGCGCGGGUGUGCUCGGCGGAGCGGCCGGCGCCAUCAUCCUCUCCACGGGCAUGGCCGAGCCGCUCGUCAUGCAGAUCCCCCUCGAUCCCUUCGUCACGCUCGGCCUCAUGACGCUCGCCUGCGCGGGCAUGGGCUGGCUCGUCGGCCCCAGCAUCGGCAACCAGGUGUUUUACCUCCUCAACCAUCGCUACAAGGCCCAGAUGAUCCAGAAGGAGGUCGAGUUCUUUGCCCGCGUCAAGAAGAAUCGGGUCGACCCGUCCAACUCGAGCGCCGGCAACCCAGUGCCCGACUUUUAUGGCGAGAAGAUCCAGAGCGUGGCCGGGUAUAGGCAGUGGCUGAAGGACCAGCGGGCGUUUAACAAGAAGAAGACGGCCAACUUUGUGUAAAAAGCAUAAUCAAGACGGUGGCAUGGCACGGUAGUUGAAUCAAACGGUGGAAGCCUCCACGGGCGCGACGCCCACACUCUCAUUGUAGCAUAUAGGAUCCCAGAAACAUGUACAACGGCCAACUCCCCUUGUCGAGACGAG